AUGUCCGCCUCCGUGGGGCCCCAGGGCGGCCCUCGCCCACCCACCGCGCCGCCAUCCAUGCCGGAUCUGCCGGACCUCAGCCACCUGACCGAGGAGGAGAGAAAGAUCAUCAUGGCAGUGAUGGCUCGGCAGAAGGAGGAAGAGGACAAAGAACAAGCCAUGCUAAAAACACUGCACCAGCAGUUUGAGAGCUACAAACAAGAGGUGCGUCGCAUCGGGGCGGACACACGGCGUCAGCCGACCCAGCAGAAGGACGAUGCGCCCACCUGCGGAAUCUGCCGCAAGACCAAGUUUGCUGACGGCUGCGGUCACCACUGCUCCUAUUGCCAGACCAAAUUCUGUGCUCGCUGUGGAGGGCGGGUCUCUCUGCGCUCCAACAAUGUAAUGUGGGUAUGCAACCUGUGCCGUAAGCAGCAGGAGAUUCUCACCAAAUCAGGAGAAUGGUUUUCGGGGUCAGGUGUGCGGCCCGGGAGCCUGGGCUCCUUGAACGACCCAACCACGGGAGGUGAGGCCCAACGGGACAGGAAGCUACUCCGCUCCAGGUCCCAAGCCCCGCCCUCCAGCACAGGGCCAGACGGGACCCAGCUGCCUGCUGGUAUCACUGCUGCCCAAGGUGCUGACACCAUGCCUGGCUCUCGCUCCCAAAGUGAACCACCCAGAGAAAAGAAAAGGCCAGUUUCCCUCCAUGAACAAAAUGGUAAGGGAGGUAUGGGGCGUGGUAGUGGCCGCAGACCUGCUGGGAAGUUGUCAUCUCAGUCAUCCUUGGAUGAGCGGGUGGUUUCCAGUGACAGAGGAGAGAGAAGACUGGGAGACGGACGGAGGCUGGAGAAGAUCCAUUCUCAGGACUACGAGGAUGGAGAGGGGAACUUGGGUCGUUCAGAAACACACCGGAGACGACCAGAGGAGGAAGAGCUGAGGGAGCGGCAGCGACGUGAGGAGGAGUUCCAGAAUCGUUAUCGCAGUGAUCCCAAUCUGGCCCGAUACCCAGUGAAACCGCAGAAGGAGGAGCAGGAAAUGCGCAUGCAUGCUAAGGUGUCCAAAGUACGGCAUGAAAGACGACACAGUGAUCUAGCAAUCAACGAAGUGGGAUUGGGACCUGGUGAAGGAGGAGGCAGCGCAUGUGAGGUGCUUGAAAACCGUCUGUCCAGGAGGGGUGGGGGUGGGGAAGGAGACCGCAAGGUCCUGGAGAACCACCGAGCCUACUCUGUGGAUAGGACCGUGGGGGUUGGAGGGGGGCCACCACCUGCUGGAGGCGGAUUGAAAUCAGGGCCCCAACCUGGGGGACCGGUGCCUCCAGACUGGGGUCUGAACAAGGGCCGUCUAGAACCGGGUACAAUACGGACACCAAGGGACAAAGGUGGGGAUAACCUGUUGAGGAAGGACUCCCAGAGCUCGGACCAGUCUGAAUCUUUGCGGCCACCCCCUCCACGUUCAUACAAGAGCAAACGUGGAGUGAACAAGCGGCAGAUGUCCAUCAGCAGCUCAGAGGAGGAGGGCGGCUCCACGCCUGAGUACACCAGCUGUGAGGACGUGGACAUGGAGAGCGUCAGUGAGAAAGGGGACUGGGAUUGUCAUCCAUUGGAUCCUGCAGUGUGGCAUCAUCCAGUUACAUGGCAGCCGUCGAAAGAGGGCGACCACCUGAUUGGACGCAUCACAUUAAGCAAGCGUUCCGCCAUGCCCCGUGAGGCUGGGUCCCUCCUCGGCCUUAAAGUGGUAGGAGGGAAGAUAACAGAGACGGGGAGACUUGGUGCCUUCAUUACCAAAGUCAAGAAAGGCAGUCUGGCAGAUGUCGUGGGACACCUACGAGCAGGUGACGAGGUGCUGCAGUGGAAUGGCAAGUCGUUGCCGGGGGCCACCAAGAAAGAAGUGUACAACAUCAUCCUUGAAUCAAAGGCCGAACCUCAAGUGGAAAUAGUUGUUUCAAGACCUAUAGGAGACAUCCCAAGAAUCCCAGAGUCGUCCCACCCUCCUCUAGAAUCUACGGGCUCCAGCUCCUUUGAGUCACAAAAGAUGGACCGACCCUCUAUAUCAGUGAUGUCCCCUACUAGUCCGGGGACCCUUCGAGACCUCCCUCUGGUGCUGCCUGGACAGCUCUCUGUGAAGCUGUGGUACGACAAAGUGGGCCAUCAGCUGAUCGUCAACGUCCUUCAAGCCAUAGACCUGCCGACCCGAACAGACGGACGACCUCGGAACCCCUACGUCAAAAUGUACUUCCUGCCUGACAGGAGUGACAAGAGUAAACGGCGAACUAAAACAGUGAAGAAGAACGCUGAGCCCAAGUGGAACCAGACCUUCUUAUAUUCCCACGUUCACCGGCGGGACUUCAGAGAACGCAUGCUUGAGAUCACGGUCUGGGACCAGCCCAGAGUGCAGGAGGAGGAGAGUGAAUUCCUUGGCGAGAUCCUGAUAGAGCUGGAGACGGCCUUGCUGGACGACAUUCCUCACUGGUACAAACUCCAGACACAUGACGCGUCUUCCAUACCUCUGCCCCAGCCGUCUCCGUACCUCCCACGCCGACAUGUCCAUGCAGACAGCCCCAGCAAGAAGCUACAGAAUGCAGAGCGUAACUCCAGGGAGAGAGAGCGGGGCAGCACGUUGGCUGUGCCUGAGCAGCAGCGAGCCGUCCAGCACCGCUCUCGCUCGGUUUCUCCUCACAGGGAGGACUCGUGCAGGGCCCGGUCGCGGCCGGCACACGUGCCCAUGCAAAGGAGUCUGGAUGAGAUCCAUCAGAACCGCCACCACUCCCACUCCCCCUCCCGCUACCACAACUCCCACUUGGAGCACCAACGUUCCGGUGACUCGGACUACGAGUACUCUGAGGACAGUGAGGUCCUGGAGAUGCACAGGUCAAUCCGGGGCGGGAGUGCCGAGUGCCUGCACACUAACAGCGACCUGCAGCCGUCGCUGGACAGAGUGAGGAGUGUCAGCACCACUUGUCUGAGACCAGACAACAACUUUCACUCCCCUGACAGAGACAGGUGCUCCAACUUUUUGCCCCACAAGACUCCCCCAAGUCCCCGGAUCUUAGUAGAACAUGUAGCCCCUGAGGAGGAGAGAGCACAUCCUCACGGCAGCCCCUCUCCUCCAACGGGGACUCCCUCAUCAGGUCGCAGGGGCAGGCAGCUGCCGCAGCUCCCUGCAAAGAGCAGCAGCGUAGAGCAAGCCCUCGCAGUAGAGGAGCGAGCCCGACAGCUGCAGAUGAAAGUACAUUCCUACCGGCCUUCAGCCUCCCACGACCCUCAGACGGACCUCAAGACCAAACGGGAGGUCAGCAUGUAUGCGGAACAGCGGCGUAGCAGCGACAACAUGUCGGCGAGAUCAUCGGACAGUGAUAUGAGCGAUGUGUCAGCCAUCUCCCGUGCCAGCAGUGCCUCCCGCCUCAGUAGCACCAGCUACAUGUCCAUCCAAUCAGAACGGCCUGGGGGACGACUCAGUGCCACUCAGCAUCUUCCUCUCUCCCUCUCUCCCUCUCUCUCUAGCCGGCAGAUGCGGUCGAUGGGCCGCAAAAUGCUGAAGAGCUCCAGCGUGAGCGGGGAGAUCUACACCCAGGAACGCACUGACGGCAGCCAAUCAGACACGGCGCUGGGCACUGUGGGUGGCGGCAGCAAGAAGAGACGCUCCAGCCUCAGUGCACGGGUGGUGGCCAUAGUUGGAAACCGUCGCAGUCGCAGCACUUCACAGAUCAAUGGCCCCGAGGGGAAGAGUAAGAAAGAGAAGGGAGCACCUAUCCAGAGGAGCACCGAGACUGGAAUGGCCGUGGAGCUGACCAGGAACAUGAGUCGACAGCCCAGCAGAGAGUCCAACAAUGGCAGCAUGAACAGCUGCAACUCGGAGGGAAAUCUCAUCUUCUCUGGAGUGAAUCUGGGUGCCAGCAGCCAGUUCAGUGACUUCCUGGAUGGUCUGGGACCAGCUCAGUUAGUGGGCAGGCAAACACUGGCUACUCCUGCAAUAGGUGAUAUCCAGAUUGGUAUGAUGGAGAAGAAGAGCCAGUUGGAGGUGGAAGUCAUCAGAGCUCGAGGACUCGUACAAAAGCCAGGAUCCAAAUCUCUCCCUGCUCCAUAUGUCAAGGUCUACCUGCUGAAUAACGGAGCGUACGUAGCCAAAAAGAAAACCAAGAUUGCACGGAAAACACUUGACCCACUGUACCAGCAAGCACUGCUAUUUGAGGAAAGCCCACAGGGUAAAGUCUUACAGGUGAUUGUAUGGGGAGAUUAUGGCCGCAUGGACCAUAAAAGCUUCAUGGGAGUUGCACAAAUCCUAUUGGAGGAACUGGACUUAUCAAGCACAGUCAUUGGUUGGUACAAGUUAUUCCCACCAUCCUCCUUGGUGGACCCGACACUUGCCUCCCUAACACGCCGAACUUCCCAGUCGUCACUUGACUCUUCUGGACCUGCGGGAGUCAGAUCCUAGUGGACCAAUAGCUCUACACCGCUCGGCGAGUAACAAACCCAAGAAACUAACAGUAGAGAGACAAAUAGACAGAGGGGAAAAAAAACUAAAAGUGGAAAUGUAGAACAACAAUCAGAAACAGUCACAACGAGAAAGCUUUGUUGAGAUCUGACAAUCACUCCUGUCGCGGUUAAUUUUGUCUGUUGUAGGGAGCGCCACGUUUCAGUGUUUCAUAUCCAUUCGAUGAAAAAUCGUAUUGUUUCUUCUCUGUGUAUGCUGAAGAGGCAGGGCUGUUCACAGACAAGCUGUAGCUCUUGAGACAGGAGACGAAACAGUGUCAGAGAAUCAAAAGUGAUGCAGGGUGGUUUUUAACUGAAUCAACAAUAGCAAAGAAAUGUAUGUAAGCGUCGGAAUGUAUGGACUCAAGACAGAGGUGAUCACCCUCCACACCUGCAGCUGGCACAGUCCUCUCUGCAGUGGCCUCCUCUGAAACCCCAACAGACUGCCGGCACUCCUGCCCCCAGGCAGGGUGCUCCCUCCUGGGUAAUCAGGCUGGAAGCACAGGGCCUUCUUCUGGUGCCUAUGACCUUGGAGCCACAUCACUGGCCCCGCUCUCCGUCAAAGGACCCUCCCUUUUCAAUAUGUUUACCAUGGCUGCUCCGAGGCCACACUGUUUUAGUGUGUUUGCUUUGUCGUUUAUUUCUUUCCCUUUGUUACUACUGGCACAAAAUGUGUUUAGAGUACGUCAAAUGCUCAUGAUAAUGUUGUCAGUCUGGUGUGUGCAUGUUGAGAAAAAACUAAAUACAAGGGAUAAAAAACGGAUCUAAAAACUAUUAAAGUGUUAUUCAAGGGGGGUGCUAAUGAUAUUGCCACAUCUUAGAUUUUUACACUUGACAGCGUGCAGAGUUGUUUUCCUUGUUGCACCUCUGGCAGAAGUCCAGGCCAGUCGUCUUUGUAUAGAUGUAUAUUAGGCCUCUCAAGAGGUUGACCAAUAAAUAAGAUAUAUGUCACUUUGAAAUCACAAGGAUACAACAUCACUGUAAAAAAAAAAUUAAAAUAUAAAUCUUGUUCACCUGUGCAACGGCAAGAGAGGAGCGUUUCAUUUUUCACAUUUUUCGGGAAGUGCAGUCCUACACCCCAGCACGUUUGAGGUUUUUAUCUUAUUUUGAAAUUUUAACACAAGCACAAGAGCUUGAUUUUUUUACGACAAAAAGUCUAACUUUUUGAAAAAAAAAACACAUGACGUUGAAAAAAAGGAAAAAAAGAAAUUACUACCGUCACUCAUUUGGAUAAUAUCUUUGUCUAGAUAUAAGAAAACACACAAACAAACAGAGGAGAAGAAUCGCCCACAGUUUCCCUUGUUUGUCUCUGUGAAUGUCAAAGUAACCAAUCAGACAGAUCUGUCCGGACGUCAAAACUGAUGCCCAUCCUCCGUUUGGCCCGCAGACUCCUCCCAUCGAGGAAGAGGCGGGGCCAGCAUGACUUAGGAACCUGUUCCGAGCUGCAUGCACAUUUUUGUAAAACAGAACAGAUACAAAAAAAGACACUGACCUAGAUACGUGUGUUAGUUCCACAUACUCUAGGGCCGCUUGUAUGUUGCAUGCAGUUGUACAGUUUGCUCGUACUUGAAUAUUAAAGAAAUAAAACCAAGAAACAGAAGCCAUUCCCAUUACACAAAGACAUCUGAUCUCAACUGCAGUCUGCUCCACGUCCCUCAGUCCGGUGCUGAAUGUCUCUCAAACUAAAUCCCAAGAUUGUGUUGAUGUCUUUCCUCGAACCUUUGGAAGAUGUACUGUACUGUAUGGUAGUACUGAGCAGACCUCACAGCCCCUCCUACUGUUAUUCCACAUCAUAGUAUACCUCCAAGGGGCUGAGAUGAUGUAUGAAUAAAUAUGUACAAAUCAGAUCCACUUAUACGGAAAUAUGAAUUAUGUUUCAACAUAAUGAUUUCAGAUAUGCUAACACAUGAACUGUUCAAUUAUAUAAAGAGUUGAUGCAGAUGCACAGAGAGUCACCCACUGUAAAUACUCAACAGCCAUGCACUGGGUUUUCAUUGGGCUGAGUGAUUACUGCACAGGGGCCAAGUCAUGUAAUGAGGAGCGAUUAAUACGUCAGUAGGGACCAUGCAGUGGGACAACACAGAGCGGUGGACAUGGGUCACAUUCGGCUGAGCUCAAGCACACAGCCGCCAAACCUCCAGGUGUACCACUGCUCUCAAAGUCGAGCCGUGAACACUACUUUGUGCUUCAAACCCAGUGUUUGAACUCCGACCAUUGUUCAGUCCCACUUCAGAAGAGUUGACCUUUCUUUUCAUCGUCCGGUGAAGAUGAUUUCCCCUUCUUUUUAUUUUUUUCUUAAUUUUUCUUUGUCAGUAUUAACAGGAAAAAAAACUGCUGAUUGUUUACAACUUCUGUGUUCCACUGAAACAAAAAGAAAAUUAGAAAAAAGUAAAGCAUUCACUGCAACAUUUCUUGUUUGUAUAACAGA